AUGAUUUGGUCGCGUUGCGCGCCAAAUUAAGGCAUGCGGCAGGCGAGCCGGGCUGGCCACCCCCAAAAGCUCGGGGCGCCGCCCCUCCGACCAUUCCUCCCGUCGCCUCCCCCCCCUGCCUAUUCAUCUCUCCCAGCUCGACCGGCCUCCCCCCCCUCGUUCCGGCCGCGAGCACCAUCAUAUUUAUAUCUCUCCCCGGCGCGUGGUCGGAGGCUGCCGUCGGUCGGCCGCCCCCGCACCACCGCCGCCGGCCGCUGGAGAGGUAACUACAAAAAGGCAACCUGGAUGGCCAACCUGUUGCCGCUUAUCCGGAGAAUGAAUCGGUGGUGGAUCCUCCCUAGCUGCGGCGACAUCCGGCCGUCGCGGCCAGCAUCGUCCCGCCGUCGAGGUGAGCAAAUGAUCAUACCACAUUUAUAUAUAUAUAUAUAUAUGUAUGUAUCGACCUCGACUUGGAUCUCAAGCGUGCCAUACGUGAGCUCGAUGCGUCCUCGUCGGGCAGAUGCCGAGACGCCGAGGUCCCCUCCGAAGCUGAGGAAGACGGUAUCGGAGGGGAUGCUGGCGGUGCCCAAGGACGUGGAGGAGUUCCGGACGAUGUCGGCGUACGGGUUCCUGAAGCUCUUCACCUACGACGACCUGAGGCUGGCGACCGGCGACUUCGACCCCGGGCGGAUCGUCGGCGAGGGCGGCUUCGGCGUCGUCUACCGAGGGUUUAUCCACGGCGCGGUGGGCAAGGAGGUCGCCGUCAAGGAGCUCAACCCGGAGGGCCUCCAGGGGGACAGGGAGUGGCUGACGGAGGUGAGCUACCUGGGGCAGUACAGCCACCCCAACCUGGUGGAGCUCAUCGGCUACUGCUGCGAGGACGACCACCGGCUGCUGGUGUACGAGUUCAUGGCCAAGGGCAGCCUCGAGAACCACCUGUUCCGGCGAGCCUGCACCCUGUCGUGGACCACGCGGGUGGCCAUCGCGCUCGACGUCGCCAGGGGCCUCGCCUUCCUCCAUGGCGCCGAGCGGCCCAUCAUCUACCGCGACUUCAAGACCUCCAACAUCCUGCUCGACGCGGAAUUCAACGCCAAGCUGUCGGAUUUCGGGCUCGCCAAGGAGGGGCCGAUGGGCGGCAAGACGCACGUGUCGACCAGGGUCAUGGGCACCUACGGCUACGCCGCGCCGGAGUACAUGGCCACCGGGCACCUGACGGUGAUGAGCGACGUGUACGGCUUCGGCGUGGUGCUGCUGGAGAUGCUGGUGGGGCGGCGCGCCGUGGAGCCGAGCCGCGCUGGUGCCCGCGAGGGCAGCCUGGUGGACUGGGCGCGGCCCAUCCUUAUCCGGCCCAAGAAGCUGGAGCGGAUCCUGGACCGGCGGAUGGGGGGCCCGGCGCCGCGGGGGCUGGACCGCGUGGCCCGCCUCGCGUACGACUGCCUCAGCCAGAACCCCAAGGUCCGGCCCGCCAUGGCCAGGGUCGUCAUCACGCUCGAGGCCGUGCUCGCCGCCGGCGCUAACGACGACGACGACGACGAAGAAGGCACCGCCGCCGCCGACGCCCCGCCUCCGUGAGGCUGGCCAAGAGCUCGGUCGUAUCAUAGGUAGUAGGGAAUGAACAAAGGCACAAAUCACAUUUUGGUUGAAACAAUGGCGGUAUUCCAAGAAGUGAAACGAACGAAGUUUGUAAAAACUGUGGUUAACAUUACAGGCGGAGCUUUUGCGUGGUUCAAACACUUUGUGCUGCAACUUGUCGACGGUGACGAGUGUUGUUCUAAGUGCCUGUUUGGUCAAGGGAAUAAAGUUUAAUUCAUGUCA